AUGGGGGAUCGAGAUCGUCUACUGUCUCCGGUGAGGGGGAUUCAAGGUUCGGAGGUUGUGGGUACGAAAGAGGGAGAUCAAUGUUUGGUGAUUAGAAACUCGGUUACGACGGAUCUCAACGGUUUCGGAGCAGGAUCUAGAUCUCCGAUGGGGGAUCGAGAUCGUCUACUGUCUCCGAUGAAGGGGAUUCAAGGCUCGGAGGUUGUGGUUACGAAAGAGGGUGAUCAAGGUUUGGGGAUUAGAAACUCGGUGACGGUGGAAUCUACGGGAUCGGGAUCGGAGAUGCAGAAACAAAAUCUAUCAGCGCCUUCGACAGUGUCGUUGGAAGGAGGUAAUCAGUCUAUUCCGAUUAAUUCGGAUCUGAAAACGGGGGAGUGGAUUAACGUGGUUAAGGGAAAAAAUAUCUUGAAGAAAUAUGAAAUGGAAAUUCAAAUGGAAGAUGGUGUGGGAUCUGUGAGUGUUCCAGAUGAAGUUUUCAUGGAUGCUGCUCCUUUGUGGGAAGAUUUUCUCAUUGGAAGAUUUUUGGAUAAAGCUCCGCAUAUAGGCAAGGUUCAUGCGAUUGUCAAUAAGAUUUGGGCGCAAAGUGACAAGUCGCAGAUGAUUGAUGUUUACGUGAUUAACUCCACAACAAUGAAGUUCAAAGUGAGUAAUCCAGUCACGAGGAACAGGAUUGUACGAAGAGCAAUGUGGAACAUUGCGGAAGUUCCAGUUAUCAUGGCGAAAUGGUCUCCAUUAACAGAGGAUAUUGAGCAGGAAACGCAUUCCAUACCUCUCUGGGUCCACUUGAAGAAUGUACCAAUGGAUAUGUUCUCCUGGAAGGCUUCAUUCUCUGUUCAAGUUAACGGAGAACUAGCUGGUUAUUUCAAUAGCGCCAGAGGCUUGCGACAGGGUUGUGCUCUAUCUCCAUCACUAUUUGUUAUCUGCAUGAAUGUUCUCUCCAAGUUGUUAGAUAAAGCGGCUGCUGACAGACUAGUGGGAUAUCACUCGAGAUGUAAAAAUGCUCUUCUGACUCAUUUAUGCUUCGCAGAUGAUAUAAUGGUUUUCACGGAUGGGCAGAAGAGAUCUGUUGAAGGGGUUCUCAAGGUAUUUGAGAAGUUUGAGAAGCUCUCUGGAUUAAAAAUCAGCUUGGAAAAAUCGACAUUAUAUAUGGCUGGGAUUUCCGCAAAUAAUCAGAAUGCUAUACUUGAGAACUUUCCAUUUGAAGCGGGUCAGCUUCCAGUUCGUUACCUUGGUUUACCUUUGCUCACUAAGAAAAUGACAGUAGCAGAUUACUUGCCGCUGAUGGAGAAGGUUAGGACAAAAAUGUGCAAUUGGAAUGGGAGGUUUUUAUCGUAUGCAGGGAGACUGCAGUUAAUUAAAUCUGUCAUCAUGAGUUUGACAAACUUCUGGCUCUCAGCUUUUAGGAUUCCUCGACAAUGUCUAAGUGGGAUAGAGAAACUUUGUGCUGGGUUCUUGUGGUCGGGGCCUGGGUUAAAUAUGAAGAAAUCAAAAGUGGGAUGGGCAGAAGUUUGUAAAAAGAAAGAAGAAGGUGGGCUGGGGCUGAGAGUCUUAACAGAGGUGAAUGAGGUUUCUUGCCUCAAACUAGUUUGGAGACUUCUUUCUGGUCAGAAUUCAUUAUGGGUGAAAUGGGUUCAGCAGUAUCUGAUCCGGAGAGGAUCUUUCUGGUCUAUUAAGGAAACCACCACAGUUGGCUCUUGGAUGUGGAAGAAAAUCCUUAAGACUAGAGAUUCUGCCAGAAGGUUUCAUCGAAUGGAAAUAAAAAAUGGUGAGGCUACUUCUUUCUGGUAUGAUCAUUGGUGCAAUAUGGGGCGUCUGAAGGAUCUGCUGGGAGCAAGAGGGUUUAUGGAUUUGGGCAUUCCUGAAAAUUCAACAGUGGCUGAAGCUAUACAGAAACACAGAAGAAGAAGACAUCGUGUAGUGAUUCUGAAUAGAGUUGAGGAAGAGAUAGAAAAGAUAAAAUCUGCAAAUAAUGGUGCAAAGGACAUUGCGGUCUGGAAAAGAAGUGGAGACAAGAAAUCAUCUGUUCUUUUCUUGUACUUACUCGAGCCAAAUAUGGAGAAUGCUCAUGUGAGGUUUGCUUCGUUCGGGAUAUACUGA